AUGAUAACGGCUGUCCAUUUGAUCAGCUGCAUAUUGCUCAUAGUUUCCCAGCACACCGUCAAUUCCUUAGUGCCAAGACCACUGAAAUAUAAAAUGGGUGAAUCUUUGUGUAGUUUAGCUGAAUUACUUUCAGCUGAACACAACUAUCCAUCAUGUUAUAUACUGAAAGAAGCAUUGAAAGUGUUCAAUAAACGUUUUCUAGUCAGACAAUUACAAAAACCGAACGUUGAAGGAGUAUCGUGUAGUAUUAACACAUUGAAUAUUGUCAUUAAAGAAGGUUGUGAUGAAACAGAGAAUAAAUUAUGGCCAAGUGAAUAUAUGGAUGAAUCAUAUACAAUCAGCAUAAUGGAUGAGAGAAUUGAUAUUGAAUCGAAUGAAGUAUGGGGAACGUUGCAUGCAUUACAGACAAUUAUACAACUGGUGCAUAGGAGUAAAUGGGGAGCUCUUGUAAUAAAUGAAUAUAGUAUCGAAGAUUCACCAAGAUUCAUUCACCGAGGAUUUCUAGUCGACACCGCCAGACACUACAUUAGUGUCGAUGAAAUUGAAAAGUUCAUUGAUGCUAUGGCGAUUGUUAAAAUGAAUGUAUUCCAUUGGCAUAUGACAGACGACAGCUCAUUCCCUUACGUCUCCUCCUCAUAUCCUCAACUCUCUUUAAAGGGUGCGUAUAAUCCACAGAUCUAUGUUUAUGAAAAUACAGAUGUUGUUCGGGUGAUAGAGUAUGCCAGACUACGCGGGAUACGCGUGAUGGUGGAAUUUGAUACUCCGAGUCAUACAAAGUCCUGGGAGAAUGGUUAUCCAGGAGUACGAACAAACUGCUACAAUGGAGAUGAGCUAGAUGGAGAAACUGGUCCAUUCAAUCCUGCAAAUGAGACAACAUUUGAAUUCCUCAAAGAGUUUUACAGGGAAAUUACUUCAAUAUUCUUAGAAGGAUAUAUCCAUUUAGGUGGUAAUGAUGUUUCAUAUUCUUGCUGGCAGUCGAAUCCCGAAGUUUUGAAUUUUAUGAACGUGAUGAAUUUCGGUGAUGACUUUGGAAAACUUGAAUCCUAUUAUUUUGAUCAUCUUACUGAAGUCAUCCAAUCAGUUCAACCAGAGGGAUAUGCUGUUACACCAGUUGUUUGGCAGGAUGUUUAUGAGAAUGGCUAUCGUCCGAGUAAUGCCACUGUGAUUCAUGUUCGAAAGGCAGAAGAUUGGCCACAGCUUGUUAAAUCUAUCACAUCCGAUGGUUAUCGAGUUAUAUUGUCAUCAUGUUGGCAAAUUAACAAUGCUAAUUUCUCUGGUGAUUGGUAUGAUUACUAUGAGUGUGAUCCUGGAGCAUUUGAAGGCACUGAAGAUGAACAACAACUGGUUGUUGGUGGAGAAGCAAUUUUAUUUGGAGAAUAUGUGGAUGAGUCAAAUCUUUUCACACGUUCAUGGCCUGAUGGUGCAGUUGUAGCUGAACGUCUUUGGUCACAAGGUGAAUUUGACGUUUAUGAACUUAAACCAAGGCUAACAGAAUUGCGUUGUCAUAUGAGAGAUUUUGGAAUGAAUCCACAACCGGUGAAUGAACCAACAAAUUGUUUACAACCAUAA